AUGGCUUCAAACAACCGACAGAAUUCCAAAAUGACAGAUGAUGGUGCGAAUGUCACAUCAACGCCGUCACAUGACACUCGUCAAGCGUCAUCAUCGAUUCACGUGAAUAAUUUAUCAUAUGAUGCUACGGAGGAACAAUUAUAUUCUUCAUUUUGCGUCUGCGGUGAUAUUAAAUCUGUUCGUAUUAUUACCGAUCGGUUAACGGGCAAUAGCAGAGGCUUUGCUUUUGUUGAAUUUAAAAAUACCACGGCAGUUUCUGAUGCAAUAAAAUUAGAUGGUAUGAGAAUUAAUGGACGCCCAGUAAAAAUUACUGUUGCACAACCAAGAAACUCUAUCAACGACAACAGAGUAGUACAAAACAGAGAGGAGUAUCAGAGAAAUACCCCAUCACGUACACGUGUUGUUCACUGCAAGAAAUCACAGUAUGAUGUUUACAUCGGUCGUCCUGAGUACUGGGGGAAUCCAUUUGUGAUUGGAAAAGACGGUGAUCGAUCAGAUGUGAUACGAAAAUAUCGUGCGUGGAUAAUGAAAAAACCGGAAAUGCUCGAACGUGCUAAAACAGAAUUACGAGGGAAAGUACUUGCUUGUUGGUGCAAACCAGAAGCGUGUCAUGGUGAUGUGCUAGCCGAAAUAGCAGAUAAUGAUUAA